GGUAAAUAGUUUCAUUGUAACAUUUAUUAGUUGCACAACCAUUCGAGAGUUUUCAAAAUCUGGAUAGUGCUUAUAUUUAACAUUAAAAAAUGCCUGCGAAAAUCGUUAUUGUUGGUUCGUGUAUGAUUGAUUUUACUUGCUUUUCUCCUCGUUUACCAAAACCUGGUGAGACCAUAAUUGGUAGUAAAUAUGAAAUAAAGUAUGGUGGCAAAGGUGCAAACCAAUGUAUGGUCGCUGCCAAGCUUGGUGCCUCUACAGCAAUGGUUGCUUCAUUAGGUUCUGAUAUUUACGCGCAAGAGUAUUUAAAAAUAUUUAAGAAGGAAAACAUAGACAUUUCUCACAUUCAAAUACAAGAAGACCAACACAGUGGAAUAGCACACAUUACGGUCGCUGAUAAUGGCGAGAAUAACAUAGUAGUCGUGUUAGGAUCAAACGCGUCGUUGUGUCCCGAACACGUGGAUACCGCAGCAGAGGUUGUUAAAGGUGCUGACGUUUUAUUGUGUCAAUUCGAGACGCCUCUAGAAAGUACUCUGCACGCUUUAAAUCUACACAAAGGCCACGGUCUGUCGAUCGUGAAUGGGGCGCCUGCCAUUGAGAAUGUUGACUCCGAAAUACUGUCCCUGUGCGAUAUAUUCUGCGUCAACCAGAACGAGGCCGAAGUUAUGACCGGGGUGCAGUGUCAGGAAUUGUCAAACGUGCAAGAGGCCGUGGAGAAGCUCUUGGACAUGGGUUGCAAUACGGUGAUCUUAACUCUGGGAGAAUUGGGAGCGGCGUUCGCGUCUCAGGAAAAUAGAACUCUCACGUUUGUUCCUACCAAACAUGUUGAGGCCGUGGAUACAACAGGAGCUGGGGACGCAUUUUUGGGCGCUCUCGCGUACUUUAAAGUGUAUCAUCCAGGUCUUCCAAUGGCGGAAUGCAUCCGAAGAGGCUGCGUGGUUGCUACGGAAUCCGUUUUGAAACUCGGCACACACUCGAGCUUUCCGACCAGGAGCAGCCUAUCGCCCGACUUGUUUCUCGACGAAAGCUAAUAAAAAUUGUUGUCGCGAACGACGCACGAUUGCGUCCUUCGCUCGUGUAGUUGUUAUUACGUGGUAACGUUCGCGCGUCUUUAUUUGUUACGCUUCGUUACCCGGUUUCUUCUUUAUA